UAUGUAAAAGAGGAUGGACGUCUGAGAGUAAACUGAGAGUCAGAUGAGGAUUCACACACAACCAGAUAAAUAUCACAGUCCAGUCGUGUUUCAGACAUUUUAAGGGUUACUAUUGAGAACUUUUCAGUGAACCGAUGAAGAAAAUGUUUCUCAGAUUAGUUUUGUUCUGUUUGAGUUUGUGGCGUCUGGAUGGUGUGUUUGGUGAUGAAGAGAUGUUUAUAAAUGAGGGAGAUAUAGGCUUUCUGGACACUCGUCAUAUUGAUAUUAAGGAUGAUGAUGAGAUUCAGUGGAUAUUUGGACAUAAAAUCCCUUUAACAGCUACAUUCAACAAAGAAACCGACAGAAUCACUGUAUACGAUGAUGUUCUUGAUGGGAUCUUCAGAGAGAAACUGAAUCCGACUCAUCGUGGAUCUCUGAUCAUCCGAAACAUCGGAACUGAACAUGCUGGAGUUUAUCAACUACUGGUCAACCAGCGAGUGAGGAUUUGUUUCCAUCUCUUUGUCCGUGGAAAGCCAGUGUCUGUGAUGGAGGGAGAUUCAUUUACUCUGAACACUAGUCUCACUAAAAUGAAGGAUGGUGAUGUGAUUCAGUGGUGGUUCUGGAAUAAAUACAAUUUAAUGGCCGAAAUCAAUGUAACAGCCAACAGAUUUACUGUAUAUAAUGAUGUUUUUAAUGGGAUAUUCAGAAACAGACUGAAGCUGGACAAUCAAACUGGAUCUCUGACCAUCACAAACAUCAGAACUGAACAUGACGGAGAUUACAACCUUCAGAUAACUGGAUCAAAAAUUUUGUUUAAAACAAUUAGACUUUCUGUCAGUUCUCCUGGCAUCAGCAGAGACUCACUCAACAUCACUCAACUCUGUCACACAUGUUCAGAUGCAGUGAAGUCAGUGUCAGUGAAGGAGGGAGAUUCAGUCACUCUAAACACUAAUCUUACUGAAAUACAGACAGAUGAUCUGAUCCUGUGGAGGUUUGGACUGAACAAAUCACCCAUAGCUAACUUCAAUAGAGCAUCCAGUAAGAUCUCUAUAAAUGAUGUUGGUGGGAGAUUCAGAGACAGACUGAACCUGGAUCAUCAGACUGGAUCUCUGACCAUCACAAACACCAGAACCACAGACUCUGGACUGUAUGAAGUGACCAUCGAAGGAAAGAAAGAGAUCACAUACAGAUUCAAUGUUUCUGUCUCUGGAAUCUGAGAUGACGGAGGAGACGUACACGUGUUUCAGAUCAGAACAAUGAUCAAACUCUGUCAUUCUGUUUCUCACUAAUGAUGUUCUGAUCACAACAACUGCAUCUGCCUUUACAAUCUCUUACUGUUUCAAAUAUAAUCUCAAAGUUUUGUCAUUUAUAUUUCCUCUAAGUGAUCUUUAGUGAGUUUAUUGUGAUCCUGUAUAAUAAAUACUGUAGAUUAUCAAAGAAUGCUUUAAUUAUUUAGUAUAGCAUGCAUUUAUUUUCUCUCUAUGUAUCUGCCUGCCCUAAUCAAUAAAGUUUUCUCCAUGUUUUAUUGCA